ACACCUGAGCGGGCUUAACGAUACGACGUCGUGCGCACUGGAGACGCGCCGAUAGCUGCUCCAUCCAUCCUGGGGGAUCCCGAAAUGAUGCCCCGUGUGCCGGGCGGCGGCCGGACAGCAUACACUGGCACAUUUCUGUCGGCAUGCCUGAUCUCUGCAUGUCAAGCCGCCCAAAGCUGCGGGGAGGUCCAGUGCGGCGUCAACCAGCACUGCUGUCCGCCCACCGUCACAGGGAACACCAGUGCCAGCUCGAAGGUAAGCUGCUGCCAGCUCUCCAUCCACGCAUUUUUCGACAACGUCGGCUGGUUCACGCGGAAGCUGUCCGGCAUCCUGAUCCUGUUGCUGCUCUUUGCCAUGGGCUACUUCAUCCAGCGGAUCAUCUGCCCUCGGCCCCGGCGGCACCCGGGGCACCACGACCGCGGCGAGGAGCCGUCCCUCUUUCACGGACACACAUCGGCAUCCCAGGAUUCCCUGCUGGAGCGGUACCCCGAAUACAACCUCGGGGGCUUUGCCUCUCCAAACCUGCCGGCAUAUGACGAAGUUAAAUAUUUGCCCACCUAUGAGGAAAGCAUGCAAGACAUGCACAGAGACCGGUCCGGUGAGAACUUGUUGUCCGAAAACGAGAGUGGCGGCCAGGGAAGAGGGAGAGCAACAGGACCGAGAUCCGGAGACCAGAGGCUGGCUGCCCUGGAGGUCUCAGGACCUCAGAGCCCAAGGACAUCCCGGAACUCUGUUUGACGAAGACUGGGCAAGACUACAGAAACAUUAUUAUUCUUAUUUUAAUAUAGUCAGGGUAAAAAGAAUCUUGCAGAGAUACAACGAACAAGUGCAAUUAUACUCCUGAAUGUAAAGAAUAAAAGAGAAGGCUGAGAAAAAAUGCAGAAAACGUGUUUUCUGAGAUAACAGGAACCUGCUUUCCUUUUGUAUGCAAAUGACCGCUUGGGUUAUGGAAAGCAGAUUAUAAAGUAAGCGGAGGAGGCUGAAAUUGAGGCGCUUUGUGUUGGGAACAGCUAAAUUGGCUCCGGUACAAUCGCAUUAAGCUUUUUUAAACUUCAGCACCUCAAUUUAAUGGCAGCAUGAAACAGAUUUCCUGUCAAACUGAGGUCCUCUCUCAGUGCUUAAUAUACUGCCGAACCUGAAAAAUUCUCAUACUAUUUUGUAGAGCCUUUUCUUUAUUAAAUUUGCAUCCAAAAAAGAAAAUAGUUUUUUCAGUCCCCUUAGACAUGGACUGAAAGAGAGAAAGGAUUAGGCAAAUAUCUGUUAUAAUUCUUUCUGAGACACUUUUUUUUAAACCAGCCAGCCCUGGAGUCUAGCUUAUCAGCACGAAGGCAGCAAUCUACCCCCACAUACACACUUCACUGGGAGCUGAUAGAUGAGCAUUAUAUAAAUGACCUGCUCGAUGCUUGACAUCUCUCCUGUGAGUGAAGCCUUACUGCCCCAGGUCCCAGCUUAUGAAUUCAAGAAGAAGAAAAAAAUGGAUGAGAUUAAAGCUUCCAGACUGAUAAGAGCUAAAGUUACACUUUUAUGAAGCCAUGUCAGAGAAGAUAGCUGCUGUCCCAAGGAGCAAAACAGAAAAACACUAGCUGACACGCAGCAUUGAAGAAAAUGUAGUACUUUCUUUGUUAAAGCAGAAGGAUUUGAAGAUGCCAGAUGAGAAUACCUUCAAGUCUGCUUUUGCAGAUGCUAACUGUCCUAACGAAACAAGAAGUUACACUUUAGCUCAUCUGAAAACUGAGCAGAAUUUGAGAAAACAUGCUUUCUGUGAAUUAAUGCCAUACAUUUGUUAUAAUACUGAAAAGGCCAUUUUGUUCAUUUAGUAUUUCUUUACCUUGUGAUUGACUGGGUGUCUGGUAAAUAGUCACACUCUCCAUAUCGUAUUGUCUUAUCUUUAGGGCCAGGCCAAAAAUUCUAAUGAGAAUCUGCAUUAUCGCUUGAUGUAAGCCAGCCAAAUGUCUUUUGUUGUACAAACAGUAUUGGAUCAUUUCUAAUUUACAUUAA